UCCCGACGAUGCAACCUCAGGGCGUUCCAGUACCUGCACCGGGCUCAUCCUAUUAAUACGCCCUCGUUAUUCUGGAGCAUAAAUUCCCUUUACUCGCAGCCGCGGGUUCAAUCGGACUUAUGGCGCAAGAAAGGACUCGAAAGUGCCACACUAGAAGCCGGGACGGCUGCACCACCUGCAGGAAACGCCAUGUGCGGUGUGACGAGACGCGGCCCUUCUGGUACGUCCAGCCCCAAUAACUUUGAGGCAUCCCUGCCUGAUCGGAUCAAAUACACGAGGUGGAUCGGGCAGAUCUGGGCUUCGGUCUCGGCUAACGAUGAGGAAUACUUAGUGUCAACUGCACCCAUCACGGGAGAGUCUGCGGAACGCCGGGCAAAGAAGCUACCCGGCCAGCAGCAGCCGUUUACCCUUGGCUCGCAUCAGUAUCCAGACUCGGAGAUGGCACAGGAAGACCGGAUAGGGCAGCAAUCGCUAUGGCUCUCAGUAUACUCUCUGGAACCAGCUUCGAUCUCGAUGCCGCUCAGGUCCCGGGAGCUUCUGAAUUACUUCCAGCAAACAAGUGAGCACGACUUGAAGUCACUUCUCGCAGACCAAUGGAAGCAUACUCUAUCCCUCACUAUAAACGAUCCAGAUGCCCUGCGGAACACUUUAUUAAUAGCUGGCUUGCACUACACGUGGAGGGUGGGCGACAUGCGUCGGUAUGAACAGACAUACCUGUUCCACAAGGUCAAGACAAUGCAACAUGUGAAUGGAAGCCUGACAACCCCCAACACUGACUCCCAAUUCAUGCAUCUUGUUUGGGGGAUCUCUACGCUGUGCCUAACUGAGUGCUCGUUGGGCAAUACCUUGAUUGCUGAAACGCAUCGAGAUGGCCUCAUAUCUCUGAUGGACAUCAAAUAUCCACGAACCUACCAAGAAAAUAUACCAAUGUCACACAAUGAGCAGCUUGCAUAUCGAAACCUCAUCUACAUACUACACAGCAUCAAGAGCCGCAUCAAGGGCAGCAAAAAGCUCCUCCGCCACAUCAAACGCGGCGGAGGCCCAGACCUCCCCAAGCUGAUCUCGCUGCUCAAGAAGUGGAACACGCAGGGCAUCGGCAGCAUAGACAUGAUUAUGAAAUCCAUGCUGUUCAUCCCCUUCUUCCAAGCAUCCUCGGACGAAAGCGCUUUCGGUCCUGUGGAUGCCUCCUCCAUCAUCACCUCUCUAAGGAUGCUGACGACCUCGGCGUCGGCUCUGCCUUCGCUCAGCCCCGAGCAGCUGGCCAACGACCCGGGCUGGAUCUGGAUCAACGGCGCUGCCUCAAAGCUGGCCUUUGCGCUCGUGAGCUCACAGGUCAGCGCGUCCCCACGCCACCACAAGGACGAUGGCGAUGAAGUACUCAUCUCAUCGUGGGGCGGGAUCGCGACAGCUUCUGAGCUGUACCUCGACUGCAUUCUGGGGAUCUGGAACGCAGGCGAGCCGAUUGAGUGCCGCGUGCUGAGGAGGAUGAUGCUCUUCCUUGCGCAGGACCUGCGAGAGACGCUCCAAGAGGUGGGAGACCCUGCCGCGCGGGAUCUCUGGCUCUGGAAGGUCAUGGUCGGUGCCUGCGCCCUGGCCAGGUAUGCGUACCGCAGCGACGACGACGGGACGCUCGGGACGCUUGUCGCGACGUUCCAAAGCUUCCUGUUGAUCUGGAGCGAGAGGACCUCCGUCGUAGAGUGGGCAGACGCUCAAUCGAGGCUGGCCAAGGUUGCAUGGCCGGUCAUGCAGAAUGGGACUCAUCAUGCAGGGGAAGACGUCUGGCAUGAGGCGAUCCCAUUGAACAGGCCAAUGCAAGGGGGAUCAGCUCGACACGACAAUGCGGGAAAGGGAGGAGACGCGGGAAGCGUGAUCAUGCUUUUUCUUUCGUCAUUACUC